AUGCCUGGGACGGACGGAUCUCCGCAAGCUGAGGAACGAGGAGCAACAGGUGAAGCACACAGCAGUGGUCCGGGCGAGGCAAGCUCGCAUAACUCAGUGGACGACCUGCUGCGACGAAUUGCGCGAGAAGUAAGAGCUCGCCAAGCACGAUCAGACGACAACUCUAGAAGAGGCACGUCAGAGGACAGCCAUGGGGGUGACCGGAGACGGCACGUGAACAACAGCGGCAGCAGCCAACGGCAGUUGCACCAGAAGCGGGAGCACCGCCAUCCCUCUCACGAAGACUCUACACGGACGUCACGAUGGGGCAAAACUUCUGAAAGCGGAGCCUCUGCACAAUCGAGAGGGGCGGGUGUGGGGAUGAGGGAGGCAUCCGUGCGAACAACAGCGGAGGUGUCUGCCGCAGAGGCGAAUCCUUUCGUGGAGCACAUGUGGGAAGACGCUUCGUGCCGGCAAGUCCUUCAGGCCAUGUUCUUCGCACAGGAUAGUGCUAUUCCCGCCGGCUCCACCGAGGAGUACAAGGAGCUGGAAGAAUUCGUGCCGAAGUUUCUCGUCCGCCGCGAGAAAGCGAAGGCCGCCGCUGCAGCCAAGGCUAAAUUUACACCCAAGGACGGGGCAAGCACACCACCUGCCGCGGCGUUUCCUUCAACAAGAGACCCUCCACAAGAUUCGUCCGUCUUCGAGUCGUCGGCCGCGACGGCGGCGGGGCCUUCGGCUCCGAAGCCGUUACCGCCUGCACUCUCCGCCCUCCCAACAUCGUUCCACAAGCGCUACCUGGUCAACUUCACCGUCCUCUCCCCCGAACAGCAACGGGCAGCUCAGGAAGCACAGCAGCAGAGAGAGGUCGAGGAGGACGGCAUGCGAAACGGCCGGAGAGGUCGUCGCGGGCGCUUGAGAGACGUCUCGGCGGCGAGUUAUGACCCCGGUAAGGCAGCACUUCGGGAGCUGGCAAGGAGAGGGGUGCUGGAGCGGGAGGAGGUGAAGGCGAUGCUCAUGCCAGGCCCAAUGGCAGACUUCCGCGGCUCCGUGUUGCAAGCUUUCAUCGACUUCCGCAUGCGUCGAAGCCUGGCGAAGGUGGUCAAGAUCCGGCGAGAUCGCGCCUCGCUCCCUAUCGCAGCUUUUCAGAACGCCAUCGUCAGGGCGGUCGCCUCAAACCCGUGCGUCCUAGUGGCUGGAGACACCGGCUGCGGCAAGAGCACUCAGGUGCCGCAGUACUUGCUGCAAGCCGGGUACGGCAGGGUGGCCUGCACGCAGCCGAGGAGGAUUUCCGCCAUGGGCCUCUGCCGCAGGGUGUCCUACGAGACCCUUCACGAGCACGGCUCGGAGGUGGCAUACCAGGUGAGGUUCGACUCUUCCAGGCGUCGAUCUUCCCGCAUCCUCUUCCUCACCGAAGGGCUGCUGCUGCGUCAGAUCGCCAGCGAUCCGAACCUGUCGUCCUACUCGGUUGUCAUCGUCGAUGAGGUUCAUGAGCGACACGCUGGGUGCGACUUCUUGCUUGGACUUCUUCGAGCGGUGCUCAGGAGGAGGCCGGACUUGAAAGUUGUCCUUAUGUCUGCCACCAUUAACCCCGAGCUAUUUUCGAGGUUCUUCGACGGCGCGCCUCUGAUCAGGGUUCCCGGGAGGAUGCACCCCGUGGAGGUGCGGUACGUGCCGACAGCAGCCGACAACGACAUCCAGGAGGUGGUAUCCAAGCACGACGGAGAGGGCCAGCGGAAGCUCCGAAGCCGAGGAGGCGGAGGAGGAGAAGGAAAGCGAGUCAUGUUUGAUGCUCGUCCGUACGUCAAGCUCCUGGAGAGUAUUGACACGACGACACCGCGAGACGAAAGAGGGGACCUCUUGGUGUUCUUGUCCGGGAUGAGCGACAUGCUGGCCGUCACGGAAGGGGUUAGGGAGUACGUGGAAGCGAAGAGCCCACGGCGCUGGGUGGUCCUGAUGCUGCACUCUAGCCUGUCGGUGGAGGAGCAAGACAAGGCGAGAGACUUUCUUGGGCUGGUCUUCGAUGCUUCGCCGCUGGGGACGCGCAAGAUGAUUCUGGCGACUAACAUUGCCGAGACCAGCGUGACCAUCGACGGGGUUCGGUUCGUGUGCGAUAGCGGGAAGGCGAAGGAGAUGAGCUGGGACCCAGCGUCGGGCGUGAGGUCCCUCCAAGAGUUCUGGGUGAGCCGAGCGUCCGCGGAGCAGCGCAAGGGCCGGGCGGGGAGGACGGGCCCCGGGGUCUGCUUCCGCCUGUACGCCCGCAGCACGUUCGACCGCCUCCCCCCCUUCGCCGAGCCGGAGAUCCGGCGCUGCCCUUUGGAGGGCCUGGUCCUCCAGAUGAAGAGCCUUGGUCUGGACGACCCUCGAUACUUCCCGUACCUGUCUCCCCCGCCACCGGAGAAUCUCAGGGCCGCGCUCGAGUCGCUCGCGCUUCUCGGCGCCACGGACGCUGCUUCCGCCGUGUCUGUGCCUGCUGCCGCUGCUGACGAGGCAGCAACCGCAGCAGCAGCAAUAACGGAGGGUGCUGUAGCGGUCGGGUCCGAUCCUCGUGGUGGUGCCGGGCUGGGUGCUCCUCACGCGGAGCGUCUUCCUGCCGCCCCUGAGAGCAACGCCGAGCCUCGACGGCGGGAAGAGGGGACUACCGCCACCACAACUCCCCCGACCUUCGACGAUGCCACCGCCCGCGCACCGCUAACUCCGCUCGGGCGAGUGCUGUCGGCACUGCCGGUGGAUCCAUCGGUGGGCAAGAUGCUGGCCCUGGGGGCGCUGUUCGGCGAGAGCGAGCACGUGUUGACGCUGGCGGCGGCACUCAGCACGCAGACGCCCUUCGAUGCCAGGGCGGCGGCGGCGGCUUCUGGAGCGAACCCGGUAGCGGAGUUUGCGUCUUCCCACGGAGACCCGUUCACCGUGAUGAACGCCUACGACGAGUGGAUCCGCGUGAAGGCGGCUAGGAAGGAGUCCUCCCGCCGGUGGUGCAAGCGUCACGGCCUCCAGGAGCAGCGGCUGUACGAGAUAACCAAGCUCAGACGGCAGUUCGAAGACCUUCUCGGGAGCGCCGGCCUCAUCUGGCUCGGUGCCGCCGCUCAGCGGGCGAGACAGGCGCGCGCCGCGCGGGGGGGGGCGGGGGGGCGACCGUCCAAGGAAAAGCUCCGGGAGCUCAAGAUGAGGAGGGAGGGCCGGAAGAGGAAGGUGCUCCAAGUCGAUGGGGGGGGUGACGCGGCCGGCAAUGCGGGGGAGGGGGGUAGCGGGGGCGAGGACGUGGAGGAGGCGCGGCGGGAUCUGAGGGGUGAAGUUGGGGAGGGAGAGGUCGACGGCGAAGCGGGCCUGGACCUAUCGUCUCUGGAGUUUUACAUGGCUCAGGAUGUCGACCAGCUUGCCGAGUCCUCCGGGCGACGCCUCGCUCGGAGAGACGUGGCGAUCAUCAAGGCCAUCCUCUGCCAGGGCCUGUACCCUCAGUUCGCGGUCGCCGACGCCGGCAACGCGGGCCGGGCGUCCAACGAGCAGCAGUACGUCACCCGGCCCUCCGGCGGGCUGUUCAUGUCCCCUUCGUCCGUCCUCGCCUGUCAAGACUUCGGCAUCGCCGCAACUGCGGGGGGGACUGCGAAUGGGAUACAUUCUUCUUCUUCCCGUGGGGCUGCCGCGAAUGCCGGGCGUGGCGACGGGUUGCUGUGCUACGGGCAGCUGAUGGAGACGCAGAGGCCGUUCGUGUCGUCGGUGACGCCGCUGCCGGCUCUGCAGGCGCUGCUGCUGUUCAGCGCCAGGGUCGACACUUCCGAGGAUGCCUCGCUGAUUCUUUUCGACCACUGGUUGCUGGUGGAGAUGAGGGGCAGGGACCCCGCGCUCAACGGUCAGAAGCUCCUCGUCGUUGCCUGCGGCCUGAGGGCACGCCUUGGCGCCCUCCUGUCGGAAGCGCUCGUCGAGGCCGAGAGGCGCAAAGGGACCGGCGGCGGCGGCGGCCGUGGGUUUCCAGGCGGAGGCGUGCGCGACCAGAGCGCGACGGCGACGACAGGCGACUCGAGGCGGGGGACACGCGGACAAGAAGGGGACGACCUGAUGCUGCAAGAUCUUCCGCCGUUGCUGCUGAUGGCGAGACGGGCGUGGGUGGACGGCGGGCGGCUCGGUGGCGGUGGCGGUGGCGGUGGCGAGGGGAGGCGCCCGGAGCGAGAGUGUGAGCGGGGUGAUGCCGCGGAGGUGGACUGGGCGCAGGAGGCGGAGGCUCUCGCCGUAGAUCUGGCGGAGUUCAUGCUGCAGUCCAUCGGGUACGAUGUAAAGUCGGUGUCGCCGCGGCACGUGGAGGCCCUCCUGGUGGACACCCUUCGCCUCAGGGACCCCGCGGAAGUGAGGCGCGUCCUGGGGGAGUACCCCGGCCUGCCGGGCGAAGACCAGCAGAACAAGAAGCCUUGCCCCGCAGAGGAGCAGGAAGAAAUCCGAGGGAGCAAGGGGCUGUUCGGCCUCGAGACCGGGGUGCUGGAACGGCUCAAGGGCGGGGCAAGGGUCACCCCCUUCCUGAGGCACGGCAGCGUGCGCCGGCAGGAUUCCUCGGGCAAGGCGCCGCACGGGCUGGCGGCGGGGGGUAUGAAGAAGUGGUGGCGCUGUCCGCGAUGCCACGUUUCGCAGGUCGUCGACCUUAAGGCGAUCCACGAGCACUUCAAGGUCUGCCUAGUCGACCCAGCCCCUGGCAGCAGCAGUGCUUCUGGGGGCACAGUAGCGACAGACGCCUCGGACAAGGGGCACCAAGAAGCUGCGCCGCCGGGGAAAAAGAAAAGGCGCAUGGUCGGAACCUCGGUGAAAGGAACCCUUCGAAAGUAG